AUGAUGGAAAGAUUACGUCAGGUCCUUCCGCCUAUCGUCGAGAAGAUAAUAAAAGACAGAGAACAGAUCGAGUCAAGAACCCGGAAGCGAGCGGAUUUCGCGUUGCUUUCCGGCGGCGCAAGGGUUAUAUUACAUUUGACCUCCUCUCCUUACAUUGAAUAUCCUAAUGGCUUGAUCAAGAAGAGCGUCGCGAGAUUCCUCGGCCGUGGAAUAAUCCGAACAAAGCAGCCGGAAAUUGCCAUUUCCUCGGAUAAUAACGUGGGUAAUUGUUACUGUUUCAGAGGUGCAACCGGGCAUGUCGCGAUUGAAUUGAGCAGAUUUAUUGAAGUAUCAUCAAUAACCUAUGUUCACCUGGAUCCUGACCUGGCCUUCGAACCGAAAGAUUUGAGGAGCGCGCCAAAAGAUUUUGAAGUAUGGGUGAUUCGAGAUGGAAAUAUGCAUGAGAACAGGGAACAAUACAACACGGAGGCGUUACUACUGGGAAGGUUUAGCUACGAGCUAGGAGGUCCGAGUGCACAGAGAUUCGAAGUUAAUUACGAAGGAAAGGCAAUUCCAGUAGUAAAGAAGGUGUUAUUUAAGGUGAACAGUAACUGGGGCGAGGAUAAAUAUACUUGUCUUUACCAGAUUAAGGUGCACGGUCGAGUUAUGAGCCGUUAA